AUGUCUGCAGUAAGCGAAUGGGCUGCAUCUCAAAAUGGAAAAGCUUUUAGAGGUAAAGCUGUUGCAGUAAACAACUUGGGAAAGUGGAAAACCGCCACGCAGAGGACAGCACUAACCAUACUUCUUGCAAGCCGGGAUAGCAGUGUUGGAUGGCUCGUAGCUUCUCGUGCUGGAUUGCUAUCGGUUUUGGUCUUUAGUUGUUUAUAUGAGGAAGAUAUCAAAAGUACUACUGAAGCAGGUCGUAAUCUAUCUAUCGCUUUUGUUUUGCUUUAA